AAACUCCAUUUUGGAAAAACAGCUGUUUGAAGGCGCAAGCUUUUCUCGUUUCUCACCGAUGCUUUCCUGAGAGAGAGAGAGGGGAAAAAAAAUAUCCCCAGACGGUUUCUUCCUCCUCCGCCACCGGAGGUUCCGAACCGCCGCGCUCCCGGGUUUCGGCCCUUCUCUUCGGGGGGAGAUAUUGUGAUUCUGUCCGACUGCCAGGAAACUUAACUGGAGAUCCAUGGUGUUAAAUUUCCAUUGUAACAAGUGGAUAACAGGAGGCGACCCGACCAAGGUGUAAUGAGAGCGCUGGUCAUGGACAGAUGAUGGACGUGGAAACGUCGUACUCGGAUUUCAUCAACUGUGACCGCACAGGCCGCCGGAACGCCGUGCCCGACAUCACAGGGGAGGGGGCGGCCACGGCGAGCACGAGUGAGCUCACCAAAGACAUGGCAGAGAUGGAUCUGAAGGCUGCAGGAGACCCGGGGGCCUCCCCAGCUCCGGAGGCUGAGGGCUCCACAAGCCAAGACGCCCAGAGCGGCGGGGGCCCGUCCUAAAGGCAGCAGGAGACAGAAGCGGCGUGGAGAAACGCAGAGAGGGAAACGAAGAGGUGGAACGUUAGCCGUCCUUUCUGGAGCUGAGGACACUUUCACUCACUGCCGGCCUGUUUGGAGCUUCCCUCGUCCCAAAUGUCGCCCACUUCUUUCUUCUUUUUUACCGGACGAGGUCCAGAAACAUGGCUAAGAGAACUGAGUGGAAGUGGAAAAUGGGAUCCUUUGCUUUAUACUCUGUAAGUCAUUUGUAUUUCCUGACAGGAUGAGGAAGCACAGAAACUUUGGAUUAAUGCCUGAGGAGAAGAACUGAGCUAAACAAAAUUAUUUAUAACUAAAGGCAACGCUCCGGCCUAGAAUGGAACUGUGUCAUGGAUUCAUUAUCAUCCGUUUGUCGUUCUCUUUUCACGUCUGUGUGCGUUUGUGACUCUCUUGUUCCAUUUUUUUUCUAGUAUCGUCUUCAUUUUACUGUCAAGUAAAGACUUAAUAUUUAUUGCUAAAUGUUAAGUGAUAACUUUGUGAUAGAACUAUUCUUUGUGUAAUAAAACACUGAUGAAUUACUGUAA